AUUAAAUUGAAAUGGAUUAUGGUCCUAAAAUAAACAUCCAUGUUUUUAAGAAUGUGCAGUUAUUAUACUUUGAGAAAAUAACGUGUUUUGUCUUUGUGGUUAUAUGUUUUGAACGGUUUUGAUUCCCUUUUUUAAAAUUCAAAGGAUCGUGUCUAUGUAGGUGCACUUUAUAACGAACUUGGUCUUUAAAAAACUGCAACCAUAGAGACCCAACUCAUUAAAAAAUGUAACCCAUUAGAACCUAACUCAUUAAAAAAAAUUGCAGCUAUAUGUAUGUAACUCGUUAAAAGACGUAACCAUAAGGAUCUGUUUUGUUGAACUUUGAAAAAAUAAAAAACGCAAUGAAACAUAUAAUCUACUGUUUUUAAUUAAGCAAGUGAUUAGAGAAGUAAUAACAAGGUUGUAGUCUGAGUCCAUCCAGUUGCCAUUGUCGUCUUUUUGACCUCUGGAAAGCAGUAAAGGCAAAAACAAUUGAACCACUUUAAGCCUCUCACUCCACCCAGAUAGAUGCCGAUGCCCAGAGGAUGGAGGAAGAUCUGAAACAACAACUUCACAAUCCCUACUUCAACUGCUUCCAUACAUUCAUUCCCUUCAGAUUUGGGAAAUCCGAAUCCUGUAUGAAGCUAUGAACAGUAGUUGAAGGUUUUAUUUUCCCGAUUUGAUCUUCAGAUUUUGGGGUUUUUUUUUGGCAAAUGUGGAGCAACAUUAGGUUAUAGUUCAUUCAGCUUUAACAAUUGGGCAUUUAUGAUUUAUGAUGGUGUAUAGAAAAUGGGUGAAUCUUUGGCUUGAUUGAAUCACUAAGAACACCAAGAAUCAAUGGAAGAUUGUGCAAAGUAUUCCCAUAGUCCUGCUCAUUUAGCAGUUUCCCAACGAGACCAUGCCGCCCUUAAGAAACUCAUUGCAGCCCUCCCACGGUUGGCCAAAGCCGGUGCUGUUAAAACCGAGUCUGAAUCAGUAGCCGCUGAGUUAGAUGCCGAUGCUGUGUCGGCUGUAAUCGACCGCCGUGAUGUUCCAGGCCGCGAAACGCCUCUUCAUCUUGCUGUUCGUUUCAAAGAUCCGGUCUCAGCCGACAUUUUGAUGGCUGCUGGUGCCGAUUGGAGUCUUCAAAACGAGCAUGGAUGGAGUGCACUUCAAGAAGCGGUUUGUAAUCGAGAAGAGAACAUAGCCAUGAUCAUUGCUCGGCACUACCAGCCGCUUGCGUGGGCCAAGUGGUGUCGUAGGCUCCCUCGAAUCGUAGCUUCGGCUGCUCGUAUUCGUGAUUUCUAUAUGGAGAUAACUUUCCAUUUCGAGAGUUCGGUUAUUCCUUUUAUAGGAAGGAUUGCCCCCUCGGAUACUUACCGGAUUUGGAAACGUGGGUCGAAUCUACGUGCCGAUAUGACGCUCGCUGGCUUUGACGGAUUCCGAAUUCAGCGGUCGGAUCAAACGUUCAUGUUUCUUGGAGAUGGGUAUUUAAGUGGAGAUGGUAACACGUCUUUGCCUCCAGGUUCGUUGAUCGUUCUUUCUCAUAAAGAGAAAGAAAUAACAAACGCUUUGGAGGGAGCCGGUGCUCAACCUUCGGAAGCGGAAGUUGCUCAUGAAGUUGCAUUGAUGUCUCAAACUAACAUGUACCGGCCGGGAAUCGACGUGACUCAGGCCGAGCUCGUUCCUCAUUUGAAUUGGCGACGGCAAGAGAGAACGGAAGUCGUUGGACCCUGGAAAAGUAAAGUGUAUGAAAUGCUUAACGUGAUUGUGAGCGUGAAAUCGAGACGGGUUCCCGGUGCUAUGACGGACGAGGAGCUUUUUUCUAACGAACGGGCGGUCGAAGGUGGAACCGACGACCAUGAUGAGUAUGAUGAUGUGUUGACACCUGAAGAAAAGAUCCAAUUGAAUUCUGCCCUUCGAAUGGGAAACUCAGAAAGCCUUCGUGAUGAUGAAGAACGCGAAGUCGAACACGGAAACAGCGAGCCAGGUUCGUUUGAAAACUACGAAUCCAACUCGAAAGAUAAGAAAAGUUGGUUCGGUUGGAACAAGAAAGGAUCGAAAACAAAUGAUCCUGAGGAUUCAAAGAUUCUAAAGAAGUUCUCGAAACUGAAUGAAACUCAAAAAUCAUCGUCUGAAACUCACGGGGAGGACAAUGGUGAGUCUAAGAAAGUGAAAGAUAAGAGCGCUAAGAAGAAAAAGAAGAAAGGAUCGGCAACGGAACCUAAACAUGAAAGCGAAUAUAAAAAAGGGCUGAGACCAGUUCUUUGGUUGACACCAGAUUUCCCGUUGAAAACCGACGAGCUUGUGCCAUUGCUCGACAUCUUGGCCAACAAGGUGAAGGCCAUUCGGAGACUUAGGGAGCUUCUAACCACAAAACUACCUCACGGGACAUUUCCCGUCAAGAUUGCAAUUCCAAUUGUGCCAACAAUCAGAGUACUCGUAACAUUUACAAAAUUCAAGGAGCUACAAAGUUCAUCGGAAGAAUUCUCGACACCUCUCUCGAGCCCAGCUCACUUCCAAGAUUCAAAACCGAAAGAAGCAGAGGGGUCAACAUCCUGGAUCUCAUGGAUGAAAGGAAACCGCGGCGAUCAAUCAAGCGACAGCGAGGGUCGUAGUUUUAGGGACGAGACGGAUCCAUUCAACAUACCGACCGACUACACGUGGGUCGAUGCCAACGAGAAGAAACGUAGGUUGAAGGCCAAGAAAGCCAAGAUCAAGAAACACAAGAAGCAAUCUGCAGUAGCGAGAAACACUGAAAAUGGCGGACGUCCGCUGAGUGAAGAUUUGGAGUGAUGGAGUUUGUGUGGUAAAAAUUUGAUUUGGGGUUGUUCGAUUGAUUGUUGUAUGCAUGCGGUCUUUGUUUCUAGUCAGGGUUUUGGUAGUUGUAUCAGGAACAGCUUCAAUAUAUCAAUGCUUUUAUUAU